AGCAUAGGUUUUACCCUAGUUUUGUUCUAUGAGAUUUGGCUAGAGGGCUAGCAUUAGGUCAUAUAAUUCAAAAAAAAAAACAAGUUUUUGACAUUAUUCGUAGGAUUGACGGGAAAAAUCUAUCCUGAUAUCAUCUGUAAAAUACUUCGACCGGCCAACCCUAUUCAGUUCCCACAAACAUUGCGCCGUAUAGCGCCAUCUCACCUUUCAAACACUGCACGAUUUUAUCUUAAACUUUACACUUCUUCUACAACAAACAACUCUUUACAACACAACAAGGCCCUCGGUCUCAUAUCACCGUCAUUCGGACAGUUGCACCGCCACUGUUGACAGUCAGGUCAUUUGAUAGCCAUUCAAAUAACAAUAAUUAUCAAUUAGUACCUAAUUUAUUUGUUGAAAUAUCGGGCAGUGCCGGUUUUAGUUGCCAUAUGAAGAGGAUAAAAUGGAUAACACAGCAAAAGCAACCUUAAUACUGACGCUACUGGUCGCUACAGGCCCUCCAGUAGACAGCGACUGCAACAUCCAUGAGGUCGUCGACGACUCGCCCUGUGGCGGCCACCUCGUCUGCACCCGCGACCUCAGUGAUGCGAUCAGCCUCAUAGUCCAAAUGCCCUGCGUCUACUUAUACAACGAUUACUCAGAAGAACACAUCUUUCAUCAGAACUUUAGCAUCUCCGUUGAGGCAACAGAUUUCGACUUCAGCGCCAAUGACUCGUCAAUUAUAAGCGAGCUAAACGGUCAUAUAAAGACCAUCUCGAUAACGAACGGAAGAAUCAAGAAGUUUCCAGAAGCUGUUUUAAAUUUACGACAAGCGACGAUAGUUGAUCUCUCUAGCAACAGUAUUGCCUCUUUAAAUCUAGCGGCAUUCGCAAGACCGAGUAUGAUAAACGUGCUUAAUAUGUCCUAUAAUAAUAUAGAACGUUUAGACGCCCAGAUAGGUUGGCCUAGCUCCUGGCAGUUACCAGUUAUCACGAUCGAUUUUAGCCAUAAUAAUAUCCAAGGUGUGCUACAGAACAACAUCGCACCCUAUGUAACAUUAAGACAUUUGAGUUUAUCUUACAAUUACAUAGAAUCGUUCAAUGAAGAUACGUUUAGUAAUCUGACAGGAUUGCUAACAUUAGACAUUUCGAAUAACAAGAUUUUCAAGCUUGACUCUUCACUAGCUGGUCUAGUAAGUUUACAAGUAUUGUAUUUACAACACAACGAUUUAACGCAUUUAAAUAAGGAUAACUUUCAUAGCUUGUUCGCUUUGAAAUAUCUCAAUAUCAGCUCCAAUAGUUUAAAAAGUAUUGAGAGCUCUUCUUUCAACUCUUUGAGUUCUUUGACGCAACUGGACUUAAGUAACAACAAUAUUGCGGCCAUUUUGAAAUCAACGUUUCAGAAUAACAGUGUUCUAUAUUCACUCGAUGUGUCAUUUAAUAAAAUUUCGAAAAUAGAGUCAGGAGCCUUUGCAGGCGCGCAUAUCACCGAUUUAAAACUACAUAACAAUACUUUAGCAGGCUACUUAGAUACUGACGCCUUUAAUGGUCUAUACUUUAAAAAGUUGGACCUUAGCGACGCGGACAUAGGGGAGCUGGGGCCAGAUCUAUUUGGACCUCAUCCUUCAUUCCAAUCACUUGAUUUCAGCAAAAAUUUUAUAUCCAAAAUAAGUAAGACUACAUUUAGAAACCUCGACUAUUUAGAGGAACUAGACCUAUCGUUUAACAAACUACGAAGCAUAGAUUUUGAUACAACCGGUCUGAAGAACUUGAGUCAUUUUUACAUCAAUAAUAACACCAUAACACAAAUCCGAAGGGAUACUUUCAAACCUCUCACUUCGCUGCAAAUUAUUGACCUGUCUAAUAAUGCCAUCGAAGAUAUACAAACACUAUCGUUUAACAAUUUAAAAAUUCUGCAAAAAUUAAAUUUAAGAAAUAAUCCUAUCACUGAUAUCUUUCAACGCACGUUUAAUGGGUUGUCCUCAUGUUACGAUUUAGAUCUCUCGGGAUCUAACAUCAAAACCCUUCAGAACAACUCGUUCAACGGAAUGGGAUCAUUAAAUAAACUCAACUUGUCACACAGUAAUAUAAAACUAUUAGAGUUUAACGUUUUCAAUGGCACUGGGGCAAUAGAAUUUUUAGAUUUAUCGUUCAACCAGAUUGAAUCAUUUUCCAUAAACAGUACAAAUUUAAAACUGCAACAGAUACUGAUAACUUCCAAUGUUAUUGCAUCUAUAAGCAACAUUUAUUUUCAAAAGCAGCGUAGUGUAACUUUAAUUGAUAUCAGUUAUAAUAAAAUAUCAUACAUUCAGCCAGGAUCCUUUAUUGACUGUGAAUUUCUUUACAGUUUAAAUUUAAACAAUAAUUAUUUGUCAUUUCUUCAAUUUGGCGUAUUUGAAGGUAUGGAGCGUUUAAGAAUAAUUAACUUAUCGAAUAACAGAUUUCACAGAUUUGAUGGAAAAAUAUUUUACGAACUACAAAAUGUACAAGCUGUUUAUCUUGACAACAAUUUUAUAGACAAAAUUAAUUUCACUGAAUUUUCUGGUGUGACUACCUUAUCUAUAGGAGGUAACCCGUUAAUAUGUGAUAUGUUGAUGAAGUUUACACAUGAGCGAACCCAGCCUUCUCUGAGAGCGAUAUCCCCAAAUUUCGUCACAGAAAAUGUAAAUGGAAUAACAUGUAAAAGUGAGACUGAGAUAAACAAUAAUACACAAGAUAGUGACAAUAAAAUUUUGCUCUCGGGAAAUGAAAAUCUAGAAAAACUUGUCAACGUCACAAACAGAUAUUUGGCGGCCAACUUUGGCACGCUGUUGUGCGCAAUGCUCGCAGUGUUAUGUUUUUUGGUUUACCUUAAAUUUAGAAAUAAGCUGACACGUAGCAGGGUAGUCUCAUCUAGUACAGAAAUUUUGUCGAAUGCUAUGGAGUUAGAGAGUAAUCAAGAUUAAUAUUGAGGUAUACAUGAAGUACCUAAUAUCGUGACUGUAAUGUGUAGGUGUGCUACCUGCAGAAUCGGCAUCAGGUUGAUUCAGCCUGAUACAUGUAUGCGUAAUUGUGAAGUUAACUAAUUGCCAUAGAGAGCGGUAGACGAUAUUUCUAAUUCCGGGUUGGAUAAGGACCGACCGUUACCUAUAUACUAAUGAGAAUGAUUUAUCAGCAUACGUGAGCUAACUCGGGGCGUGAAUACUAAAACGAUGAUUUAUAUAAAUUUUAACCCUUAAUUUAAAAAUAUCCUUAACCAUUUUUACUUGCACCAGACUGAAACAUGUAAACUUUAGGACUCUUUUACACUAGCGCGUUGCGAGUGAGUUGAGCGCGCAACGGGUGUGUCAUAGGUCCCUUUGUAUAUAAGUAGGUACAUGAAAGUUAUGUAAAAUGUAACAUUUUUUAAGGUGAAAAUUAAAUAAAUUAAAAAUGUUUUUUUU